AUGAACAUCUUUACUAAGGUCCCAGGAUUAGCCCAACAAACCAGCAAGCUGGGGUCUGUGCUCCAACGUGCCUUCUACGGGUCCAGUGGGAGGGUGACCCUUUUCGAGCAGAGGAACUUCGCCGGCAGGCGACUGGACCUGAGUUCUGACUGCUCCAGGCUCAGUGACAAGAACUUCCCAGAGAGAUGUAACUCUGUGCAGGUGGAGAGCGGAGCAUGGGUGGGUUACGAACAUGAGAACUUCCGGGGCCGUCAGUACCUGUGGGACAUGUCCGAGCGGGGAGAGUACAACUGCUACGACAAGUGGUGUGCUCAGGUGGACCACGUCUCCUCCGUCCGCUCCGUCAAACAGGACAACAACCCCGCCAAGGCUCAGCUGUUUGAGCGGGCCGGCUUCUCCGGUAAGAAGAUGGAGCUCCAGGACGACAUCCCCAACCUGAUGAGCCGUUACAGCCUCAACAGAGUCGCCUCCAUCCGCGUGCUCGGUGGAGCGUGGGUGGUGUAUCAGGAGCCCAACUACAGAGGACCUCAUUACAUCCUGGAGAAGCGCGAUUACAACAACUUCUCCGACUGGGGCAGCCAGAACAACACUGUGGGCUCGAUGCGCAGAGUCCGCUUCAGCUAAACGCCAACAUCCCCUCUGAUGUAACAGGACACCAACGUCACACAGAUGAAACCUGUCAG